AUGGACAAGUUCCGGAUGAUCUUCCAGUUCCUGCAGUCCAACCAGGAGUCCUUCAUGAACGGCAUCUGCGGCAUCCUGGCCCUGGCCAGCGCCCAGAUGUACUCGGCCUUCGACUUCAACUGCCCCUGCCUGCCCGGCUACUACGCGGCCUACAGCGCGGGCAUCCUGCUGGCCCCGCCGCUGGUGCUCUUCCUGCUGGGCCUGGUGCUCAACAACAACGUGUCCAUGCUGGCCGAGGAGUGGAAACGGCCGCCGGGCCGCCGCGCCAAGGACCCCGCCGUGCUGCGCUACAUGUUCUGCUCCGUGGCCCAGAGCGCCCUCAUCGCGCCCGUCGUCUGGGUGGCCGUCACCCUGCUCGACGGCAAGUGCUUCCUCUGCGCCUUCUGCACCGCCGUGCCCGUGACCGCGCUGGGCAACGGCAGCCUGGCCCCCGGCCUGCCCGGCCCUGAGCUCGCCCGCCUGCUGGCGCGGGUGCCCUGCCCCGAGAUCUACGACGGGGACUGGCUGCUGGCGUGUGAGGUGGCCGUGCGCUAUUUGCGUUGCAUCUCCCAGGCCCUGGGCUGGUCCUUCGUGCUGCUGACCACGCUGCUGGCCUUCGCCGUGCGCUCCGUGCGGCCCUGCUUCACGCAGGCGGCCUUCCUCAAGAGCAAGUACUGGUCCCACUACAUCGACAUCGAGCGCAGGCUCUUCGACGAGACGUGCACGGAGCACGCCAAGGCCUUCGCCAAGGUCUGCAUCCAGCAGUUCUUCGAGGCCAUGACCCACGACCUGGAGCUGGGCCACUCCCACGGGGCGCUGGCGCCCCCCAGCCCGGCAGUGGCGGCAGCCCCCGCGGCUGGCCCCGACGGGGCCGAGGAGGAGCGGGAGAAGCUGAGGGGCAUCACAGACCAGGGCGCCGUCAACCGGCUGCUCACCAGCUGGCACCAGUGCAAACCGCCGCUGCGCCUGGGCCAGGACGAGCCCCUGAUGGGCAACGGCUGGGCUGGGGGCGGCCCCCGGGCUCCCCGCAGGGAGGUGGCCACCUACAUCAGCAAGGUGUGAGCCCGGCCGGGGGGAAGAGCUGGGCAUGGGAGUGCAGGCUCCCCAGACCCCCUGGCGUGGGCAUUGGGGGGCCCCCAUGUCCCUGAAAGGACCUGUCCAGGCCCCCACGGAGGAGGCUUCUGGGGCCGGGCCACUGUGGGCCAGGAGCGGCCAUCACUGUCAUCCCGUUGCUCAUCCAUUUGUG